AUGGCUGACCGUGUCAAUGAAAUCUUAACCGGCCAUGAGAGUCUUAGCAAAAAGAACUUCCCUAUGGAAGUUCAAGUCUUCCAAGCUCUGGUCCACAUUUUGCGUGACAAACAAUUACUUGCUGAUUCAAGAGCUAUCUCAGUAGAAGAGAAAAUUGCUAUAUUCCUGAAUGCCUUAGCAAAAAAUGCAAGAUUGUAUCGGAUGUAUUGA